AACCUCUUCUAGUGUAUCGUGACAAUAUCUUGCCUUACUGCAUGGUACGACACUGCGCCACCAUUUUUACACAGGUUUUAUAUCAUGGGGAGCGGUGCAUCCAAAAACGAAACUUUUCAAGUUAACGAAGCAGAAGAAUUCGAAGAAAACUUGUCCCAAAGAGUGGUUCUUGUGACUGGUUCGUCUUCUGGUGUCGGUCUUGCUGUUGCAGCCUUGCUUGCAAAUGAUCCUCAAAAGCGUUUUAAAGUUUACGCAUCGAUGAGAAAUUUAAGUAAGAAAGAAGCCCUAGAAGAAGCAGCUCAAGGGGUGUUGGGAGAUCUGCUCGUAAUCAUACAACUUGAUGUGUGUUCUGACCAAUCCGUCAAGGAUGCAGUCGAUGAAGUCAUGAAGAAAGAAGGGAGAAUCGAUAUUCUAGUGAAUAACGCAGGCAUGGGCUUGUUUUGUGUGGCUGAAUGUGCCAACAUGGAAAAAGUCAAGAGCCUCUUCGACACCAAUGUAUUUGGUUUGAUAAGGAUGACAAAUAGCGUAGUCCCCCACAUGAAGAAGCAACAGUCUGGCCAUAUCGUUAAUAUUAGCAGUGUUUAUGGACUCAUUGGACUACCAUUUGGUGAGCUUUACAGUGCUACCAAGUUUGCUGUCGAGGGUUUCACGGAAUCAUACGCUCCACUGCUUCAGAAAUUCAACAUCAGGUCCACUCUAAUCGAGCCCGGUCCAAUAGCUACAGAGUUUGCAGUCAAAGCAAAGGGAAUACGAGACGACAUCGAUAUCUCCUCUACUGACGACCAAACCAAGUCACUGUUGACGUCAUACUUACAAUCAUAUUACCACAGUUUCAAGAAUCUAAGUGAAUCCCCCACUGACGUGGCUGAUAUCGUAAAAAAGGUCCUGCUACUCAAGAACCCUCAUCUACGAUAUCAAACAAACAAGCGAUAUCGACAGCAGGAAAUAGCUGCAAAGCUUCUCGACACCACAGGAGACAAAAUUGUAAAACUAUUGGACACCAGCGAGGCCAGUACAAAGACUAGUUAGAGCAGAUGGSGGAUUUGGAAUAGCAGUUACACAUAUUAUGAAUGAGAACAAAAUACACCGUACAAUAUAAAGUAAAAAAACUAAGAAACAAAAUAAAAGGAAAGGAAAAAAGAAUAUAGGAAGAGUUUUUGACGAGCGAGAAUUUAGUGUGUGUAGAGAUUAAGAGAUGAUCAGUUCUCAUUGAUUAAAGAAAAGGGAAGGUGAUUCUUGAUCCUGCUUUGCACUUAAUCCUUUUAUAUUUUAGUAUUAAAAGGUUUAUUAAA